AUGCCGCCGAAGCCGGCCGCGGGCGACGACGAUGACUCAUCGGACUCGGAGACGAACUCGUCCGACUUCACGUCGGAGACGGACAGCGACAGCGAGCCCGCGGUGGCGUCUCCGCGCUCGGCAAAGUCCGGCGGAGGGAGCGGCAAGCCCCCUCUCACCUCCACGGUUCGACUCGGGUCCAUGAACGACCGUCACGGCAAGCCGAUAACGUCGCUCGACGACGACGCGCUCGAGGCGAAGAUGAAAGCCGCGCAGGAGCGGAUGCAAGGCCUGGACCAGCACGUCAGCGAUCUGCGUAGACGCGCGGAGGAGCAGGACGCGAUGGCGAAGGGGAAGCUCCCGCCGGAGCAGGCGAGGGCGUACGAAAAGCGCGUGAAGGAGCUGGAGCAGCGUCGACGCGAGCUGCUUCAGAGGCAGCUCGGCGUCGGCGAGGAGCUCUCGCGCGUCUCCGCCGCGAACGGCACCUCGGACAAGCACCGCCACGGCGGCACGCCGAGGGAGGUGAAGGAGGGUCAGCGCGUCGCGAUGGUGGAGCGUCUGAAGAAGGAGGAACGCGCCAACGUCGCGAGAUUGGCGGCGCUCAAGGGGGGGAAAGGGCUGGACGACGCGCAGGCGGAGCACAAGCGGCAGAUGGCGAAAGCGCAGCGGAUCGCGGACGACGCCGCGCGCAAGGAGCUCGCGGAGCGGCAGAGAAGGGACGAGGAGGCGCUCGGGGGGGUGGAGAGCGAGAGCGAGCCGGAGGAUUCGAAUUCGAAUCCGCCGCCGAAUCCGAAGGAGCGGAAGCCGAAGGAGCCGUACGAGGACCCGAAGCUCAACCCGAACGCGGCGCAGCAACAGGGCGGGGCUUGGGGACAACAGCCGCAGCAGUACCCGGGGAUGUAUCCCGGGAUGUAUCCCGGGACCGGAGGGAUGUACGGAGGGAUGAAUCCGAUGAUGCAUCCGAUGAUGAUGAACCCGAUGAUGAACCCGAUGAUGAUGGGCGGGAUGCAUCCGAUGAUGAUGGGGAACGGGAUGGGCGCGGGGGGAGGCAACGGCGGGAACGACGACGCCCGCGGAAGGAACGCGCGGACGCCGGACUACGCGAACGAUUUAAAGCACGACGUGGACGAGAUGCGGAAUCACCUGAAGCAGCUGAUCGAGCUCUCGAAAAACGGCGGCGCGGCGGCGGCGGCGGCGGCGGCGAAGGGCUCCCCGGGAUGCCCGUCCCUCGCCUCCCCGCGGAGCUCGGGAACGACAAGGAGAUUCGUAACCUGUAUGCGCAGCACCUGAAAGAGAUGCUGAAGCAAGAGCUCGAGAUAGGGAGGCAAUCGCGCGAGGUCGAGCUCGUUCGGUUGCAGUCGGAGAUGGUGCAGUUGAAAGAGGGCCCGCGCCCGCGGUCGGGGGGCCGGCACGAGGACCACUUUCCGCCGCCGCCGCCGCCGUACGCGGGCUACCCUCCGCCGAUGCCUUACGGGUAUCCGCCGCCGUACGGCUACCCGCCGCCCGGGCAGAUGCCCUACGUCACGCCCGGGCAGCCGCCGCCGGCGGCGCCGGAGACGAAGGAAAAGUCCGAGCUCGCCACCGUCCCGGAGCGGGCGUCGAUGGAGGGCAGCGAAUUCUCGGAGGUUUCCGCGACGGAG